AUGACACAGGCCACUCUGAAGGUGUAUGUGGAUGGAGAGGUGGCUUUGGAGGAGCAGCCUUGGGAAGGGAAGCAAGGGGACCUGGUCCCAGUGCAGGGAAGUGUGAUGCCCAAGACUCUGGAUGGGCAGAUAACCAUGGAGAAGACGCCGAGCUACUUCGUGACCGGCGAGGCCCCGAAGCGCAUCCACUCCAUGGCCAAGGACACCAGGCUGAUCGUCGUGGUGCGGAACCCCGUGACCCGCGCCAUCUCCGACUACACGCAGACGCUGUCCAAGAAGCCCGAGAUCCCCACCUUCGAGGUGCUGGCCUUCAAGAACCGGACGCUGGGGCUGAUCGACGCAUCCUGGAGCGCCAUCCGCAUCGGGCUGUACGCGCUGCACCUGGAGAGCUGGCUGCGCUACUUCCCGCUGGCCCAGAUCCACUUCGUGAGCGGCGAGCGGCUCAUCGUGGACCCCGCCGGCGAGAUGGCCGCGGUACAGGACUUCCUCGGCCUCACGCGCCUCGUGACCGAGAAGCACUUCUACUUCAACAAGACCAAGGGGUUCCCCUGCCUCAAGAAGCCGGAAGACAGCAGCGCCCCGAGGUGCCUGGGCAAGAGCAAGGGUCGGACUCACCCGCGCAUCGACCCGGACGUGAUCCGGAGGCUGCGCAAGUUCUACAAGCCUUUCAACACCAUGUUCUACCAGAUGACUGGCCAGGACUUCCAGUGGGAGCAGGAAGAGGGUGACAAGUGA